AUGGCCUGUCGGCAACGUGCCACACGUGCCGAGCAGACUAUACCCAAGAAGGCAUGUCUCCCCGAAUGUAAUCACGUGCUCAGCAUCGGCGAUCAGUUGAUGAUAACGCUUCGCACUCGCAUGUUGUCCACACCUACUCCUGUAUCGUACACUAUCCGCGUUGUCUGGACCGAGCUGCUCAACAACAAUGAACACCAUGCUCGCCGAACUCCUCGCGGACAGCCAAAGUCACAUCAUGAUCCGAAGGCCCUCAAAAAUCUCGCCAAGGCAAAGCAGAAUCCUGCAAUGCCCAGCGCGCUUAACAAUUUUCUCGUGGGCAUCUCGGUCUCUGCCCUCAUGAUCGGCCUCCAGGAGUUGUUGAAGCCAGAGGUGGCCGCUACGUAUGGUCUUACCGAAGCAAUGACCACUUACUGUGAGAUUGUGGCACCCCGGGGAAGCAACGACUUGGCCAUUGUCACGAAUGUGAUCGAGGCUGUAUCCGGCAUCGCACCAGGGCAAAGUGCGACGCCCGCUCCCACCGGAACCAGCGACACUCCUUCCGCGAGCACAACGCCACCGGAAGAUCAACUCCCGCAAACCGUCCCCGCCCUGCCGGAAAGCAACACUCCGGAAGCAGUUCUGCAGGAGCUGCGUGAAAACCAGCGCAACAUGGAUCAGAUCAUCGCCGAGCAGCUCGGAGCGUCGAGAGAACAAUACCGCCGUCUCGAGCAGCAACUGGAGUUAGAGAAGUUGCGUGACGGAGUUACUGUUCGCGCCGAGCAAAUCAGCCGGGCAUAUCUCCCCCGCUUCCCGAACCCCCCGCCCCUCAGCCCGGAAAUGAUGCCGGGAGGCAUGUCGAACGAUCUAUUCAAGUGGUUCAAGCAACUUGGAGGGGCCAUGCAGACAAUGGAUAUCUAUAUCCAGGCGGAGCUCAACUUCUGGCACGCUGCCGCCCGAGCGAAUGCGGCAGAGUGGGAAGCCUGGCAGCGCGGGAUGACUCCAAGGGCCCCGGCAGUGGCGUCUCAUUUCCGGGUCACUCAGGCUGGUGAAUGA